AUGUCAUUUAUAUCCCUCAAAGUGUGUGCUCAUCAAUCAUUCAAGCACCCUGCAUCUGCUUUACUCAUCAGGUUGCAAGCCACAGUUGGCGAACUCAAAAACAAACUGGCAGCAGAAAGAUCAUCAGAAGGAGAAGAAAUCACUGCCCUUAAAGCGGACCUAGUUAAAUUGCGCCAGUCACUGGUUUCCCUGGUCUCUCAUUCAUCAUCCACCUCAGGGACUUCAUCAUCUGCCUCCAUGUCGACGGAAGAGCGCAAUUUCAGAGCUUGUUGCGACUUGGCUUGGCACAAACUGAGGGACGAUUUGCGGAUCCUCCAGGAGAAAGAACAAGUCAUCUUCAAGGAAUUUCUGGGGAACCCGGGAGGCGAGCAGCUCACUUGUUGGAUUUCCUCGCCAAUCGCAUCUGCCAAAAAACAAGUACCAACACUCACUUCCGGUGCUGAACUUCCGUUGCCGGAAUUUCAGGAUCCUUGCGCGGGUGAAGAAGGAGGAGACGCGAGGAUCAGCAGAUUGUUGAGUGGAGUAGUGGACAAAAAAACAAGAUUCAUUUUAGAGUCUCUUGGAGCCAGAGGAGAAUUUCUCAUGGAUGAUGCUUUGAAUCAGGUUCUCCAAGAAUCAAGUGAAUCCUGGGCUGAUGACAAUGAUUCUGCGCAAAAUAAUUUGAAGCUUUCAAAGUUGGACAGCAUUCUUCAGAGCCUUGGAGUCCAAGAUGUCAUCAAGUUGGAACACUUGCUGAGUUGCAUUGAGAUGGGGAUGGGAAAUAGGAACUGGGAUGGUAACCUUUUGUCACAUGCAGAGAUUAUUCAGGGGAUCCGCAGAUUUUGCAAAACUGAGGAAUCCCAGCAAAUAUCUAUAAAUGGAAGGAGACCUGUGUUGCAAAGUCUAUUGUACACAUCAAGAGCAGACGCGUUCAUGGUCCCAGUUGUGCAGGAGUUGGAGUCGCAUCUUGAAGAUGCCAGUGUCCUUUGGAACUGUAUUGAAGAGUACUUGACCAAGUACAUGGCCUUGUUGCGCAGCAGGUCCCUGUGUUGUAAGGACAUGGGUACUGCUUCUCUGCGGAAUCAGCAACUUCUUCAGAUACUAAAAAUUUAUCUGUCAUCAAACACUGGGCUAAGUGUCAACAGAAUUGACUUGGGAUCGAUUUUGGAUUCACAGGGUACCAGAGAUGCCGCAAGUCUCAGUGUACAGGCUGCUUCAUUGAUGGAUCAUACGACGAAAGGCCUUUGAUGGAUAUUCUGAGACGGUUGCUGUUGCUGCAAAAUUAUUUGGCGAUAUAUCAUGUUUCUGAGAAAUCAUGUCAUUUCUUGCUUUCUGGUGAGAAUUCGAAUUAGGUCUGCGAAUCCUUGGAUUUCUUUCCUAGGAAUCAAAAUCAUUUUUAUACUGCAUUCUCAUGUCGAAUAUGUACAACAAUUAUGCUCCGUCAUAUGUACCGUGUAUGUAUAUUUUAUUGCAG